GAGUCACUGGGCUGAACUGGGAGGGACUGGAAUUAACUGGGAGGGACUGGGCUGGGCACUGGGCUGAACUGGUUUGAACUGGUCCGAACUGGGAUUUAAAGGCCGCGGCUCCUUCCUCCCCCUCCUCCUCCUCCCGAUGGAGCGGCUGCUGCCGCUGCUGCUGCUGGCCACUGCGGCCGCGGGCGCGGACGAGAACCGCAUCGUGGGCGGGGAGCGCUGCGAGCGCCGGCGCCACCCGUACCAGGCGCUGCUGCUGCAGCCGGGCGGCGCCAUCCACUGCGGGGGCGUGCUGGUGGGGCGGAGCUGGGUGCUGAGCGCCGCCCACUGCCGCACCGACAGCCCCCUGCGGGUCCUGCUGGGCGGGCACAACCUGAAGGAGCGCGACGGGGCGGAGCAGUGCCUCACCUGGGCGCGCGCCUUCGUGCACCCGCGCUACCUGCCCGGCCGCCAUGACAGUGACGUCAUGCUGCUGCGCCUCAGCAGCCCCGCCCACCUGAGCGCGCGGGUGCAGCCCGUGGCGCUGCCCCGCAGGUGUCCCCAGGUGGGGGACAGGUGCGUGGUGUCCGGCUGGGGCAGCACGCGCAGCCCGCAAGGUGCGUUCCCGGACGUGCUGCAGUGUGGCGAGGUGUUCACCUGGUCCAACACCU